UCGCCCCACGCCCCGCCCCUCGCGCAGCGAUUGGUCCCUGAGUAACAUCCGGUCCCGGAGUAACAUCCGGUCCCGGAGUAACUUCCGCUCCCAGAGUGACUUCCGGUCUCAGAGUGACUUCCGCUUCCGGCUCGCCGUGCGAAGGAGCCGCGGCGGUGUCAUGGCGCCGCGCCGGCUGUGAGGGGCCAUGGCGGCCCCACACGGAGAGAAGCUGGAGGGAGGCGUCCCGGCCCCGCCGCUCCCCCCGGGGCCCCCACACCCCGCGGGCAGCUCCGCCGUGGGCGGACCCGGUCGGAAACAGGGGAAGGCAGGUCUGCAGAUGAAGAGCCCCGAGAAGAAGCGGCGGAAAUCCAACACUCAGGGUCCGGCCUAUUCCCACCUGUCGGAGUUCGCCCCCCCUCCCACCCCUAUGGUGGAUCAUUUGGUGGCUUCCAACCCGUUUGAGGAUGAUUUCGGGGCUCCUAAAGUCGGUUCCGCCUCCUCCCCGUUCCUCGGUAGCCCCGUUCCUUUCGGUGGCUUCCGGAUGCAGGGGGGGGGAAUGGCGCCUCAGGUGCCCCCCGGUUACGGUGGGGGUCCUCAGCCCAUGAGGAGGCAGCCCCCUCCAUUCGCACCCGGGCAGAUGGGGCCGGCUUUUGGGAUGCCCCCACAAAACCCCGGUUACGUUCAACCCGGGGGGAUGAGUUUCCCCGGGCAGCCGUUCAACCAGCCCCCCCCCCUCGGACAGAACUUCAGCCCUCCUACGGGGCAGCUGAUGCAAGGCCCCGUCGGGGGCUUCGGGCCUAUGAUGUCCCCCACUAUGGGGCAGCCUCCUCGAGGGGGGGACAUGGGCCCCGGGCCGGCUCUGAACCCCCCCGGUGGGCCAGCAAUGGCUCAGCGCUUCAACCAGCCCAACAACCUCUUUGGACAGUCCCCCAUGCAGCGGCCAGGGCAGAACAUGCCCCCCCUACCCCCCAACACCAGCCCUUUCCCUGGGGCAGAUCCCGGUUUCCCCUCUGGUGGAGAGGAAGGGGGUAAAAACCUCAACCCCCCACCCAGCACCUUCCCCCCUGAGCAGCACUCGGGUUCCCCCGCUGCCGUUAACGGGGCUCAACCCAGCUUUGCCCCCACUAACACCAACCGUGGUGGUGGCACCCCCGAAGCCAACAGCCUCCCACCCCCCAAUAAGGCAGCAACCAGCUCUGGGCACCAACCCCCCCCUGGUUUAGUUUAUCCAUGUGGGGCUUGUCGUAACGAGGUGAACGAUGACCAGGAUGCCAUCCUAUGUGAGGCCUCGUGUCAGAAAUGGUUCCACCGGGAAUGCACGGGGAUGACGGAGAACGCCUACGGGCUGCUCACCACCGAAGCCUCCGCUGUUUGGGCCUGUGAUUUCUGCUUGAAGACCAAGGAGAUUCAAUCCGUGUACGUCCGUGAGGGCAUGGGACAGCUGGUGGCUGCCAAUGAUGGUUGAUACCCCCCCCCCAACUAAACCCACAUUGUACA